AUGGCGGAAGUCGUAGGCAUCAUCGCCAGCGGCAUCGCCCUGGGCCAGGCAGCUUGCGCGAUCGGGAAGGGCAUCGGUCUCCUGCGCUCCAUCGCCAACGCGAACGAGGAGUUUUGGGACUUCCUCAACGAGCUGGAGUCGCUCAAAGCAGCGGUGGAGACGAACAGCUUGGCAUUGGAGGACCUGGAUGCGACAAACAACCCCAGACUGCAGCCGUACCUGGCCAGGCUCGACACAGUUCGGGCCAGCCUGGUCCAGGCCUUUGGCGCCCUCGAGACCAUCACGACGAGGGUUUUGGCCAAGAGCAAGGGCCAGAACGACCAAGGCCAGCAUCGGAUACCAAAGGUCCUGUGGCAGCGGGAGAAAAACGGGAUUUUCAAGCUCCGGGAUGUGUGCCGUCAGUCUCACCGCCAAAUGACCGACUGCAUGGUGAUCAUGAUGGCAGUCGAAAAGCAACAGACCCUCACACUGGACGUUCACAUGAUCCUCGAGGGUAAAAGCUCCACGCGCCACCACGCCGCAACCAGACCGACGGAAAACGGGUCAUUGGACCUGGAUUCCGGUCAAGAGAAAGCAUCGGGCGACGACGAGCACGCCGGCUCCGAACUGGUGCCGUUUGAUUCUGCAGUCUCCAAUGCGAACCAGUUGGAGCACAUCCUACAGAGAAAGCAGGCGACACAAAACUCGGGUCAACCAAACAGUGGACCUCACCCGACAGCUCUCACCAUUCACGCCACUGUUCGUGAGAGAUGCCCAGAGAACUGCGGGUGCCAAUGUCACAUCAUUUCUGUAAAGAGGUCGCCGCCAUGGCUGGCCUCCGUCCUGGGCAACCUCCUGGUGUACUACGAUAGCUUUCCCGUGCUGGACCGGCGACCAUGUAACACCUUCCUUUGCAGGGCGAGUCUGCGGACCAUCAGAGCCCAAUAUCAGUUUCCCAGUUGGCUACUUCGAAGGUCCGUUCACAUCAAGGCCUGCUGGGACGUCUUGACGGGUACCGGUUCGACUCUCCACUGGAAAGUUCCUAGGGUAAACAAACCGCCUUUUAUAUGGGAAGCCAUCCGUGAAGAUAAUAAGGCAUGGUUCCAGACACUUAUCGCUGAGAGGAAACUUCUGCCCAGUGACACUGACGCAGCCGGAUAUCCAUGGAUCAUGCGUUGCGAUACUGCCGGGGCUGAAAACAUAAUCCAGCUGCUUCUGGAGAAUAACUUUGACCUCUGGGCGGCAAAUCCAGACGGUUGCGCGGCUAUCGCACACCCUGAGCAUCUCAACACUUGUGACGAUCUCGGCUGGACUCCACUUCACCUGGCUGUGAGUAUGGGCGACAAUGAAGCAGUUGAGACACUCCUGGACUCGGGGUGUGACAUGGAGAAGAGAGCGCUCUUGAGUGGCGAGACCGCUCUAUUCGUUGCCGCUCUUCAUCGUGAGGUCGCCCUCGCACGAACGCUGAUCGAACGAGGGGCCAAUAUGGCCAUCACUUGCUGGGGCAUGACCCUUCUCGAGUUGGCGGUUCGUGAUGCAUCAGCCGACUUCGUGCAGCUCCUUUUAGAUGCAGGAGCCAAUUUACCGCCUAGCAUACUUCAUCCCUUGACCGUGUGCGAAAGUAUCGAUAUGAACGAGAUAUCUCGCGUCAUCAAAAUCCUGCAGAAGCACGGAGCAGACGUCGAUUGGCGAAACGAGUGGGGAGGCAGCGUGCUAUUGACUGCCUUAGUACGCAGGAAAGACAACCACUUUGUUGCUGAAGCAUUAGCUACAGCUGGGGCUGACUUCGACACCGUCGAUAGCAAGAACCGCAAUCUGCUAUUUUGGAUGGCAGAGAGGAAAUCUCCGCGGUGGAUUUACCAUCUAGAUGCUGCAUAUUGGCGCGGAACGGAUCCGGACUUGAAGAAUAACGUAGGUUACAGCGCACUUGAUGUACUUACGUUUCUAUGCGCCCACAAUCUGCCACUUCCCGUUACUAGAAAGGUACGUGAGAUCAUCGGGUUGGCGGAGCUCAUAGCCGAGAUUCGGGAGAUGAACUGGAACGACGGGCUCUUCUUGGACAUGAAGCACCGUCUGAGCGAGGAUGAUUCUCAUCGUAAGCUCAAAAGAUGGAUUCGCUUUGUUCAGGAACAGGUGGACAACGAUCCAAACUUUGCGGAAGAGGAGUGGGAUGAGGAUACGAUGAUCUGGUAUGAUGAUAUUGAGCUUGAGGACGGGCUUGAGGACGAUGACGACGCCCUUGAUAUUCAUUCUCUCACGUUACGGAAACCGAGAGACUACAACGACUCUGACGAAGAGUCACAAUACGGCGACGACUCCGACGACGAAGAGUCACAAGAAACCUCCGACUCAGAGGAUGAAUUCUUCGACGCACCAGAGCCCUAG